AGAAGAAAAAACUUGAGAAGUCGUAAUUAGAAAAAGUAGAGAAAAUGCAAAAGACGCAAAUAUUGGUGGUAGCUGUAGUGUUAGCCGGAGUAAGCUUGGUAGUUUCAGACGAGGACCUGAAACCCUUGGAUUUCUACAAAUACAGUCUGCAAUGGGGACCAUCUGCUUGUUUAUAUCCUCCUCCGGGAAGAAGUGUGAAGGGAGACCCGAAGUGAGGUUUACCAUCCAUGGUUUAUGGCCACAAUAUAAUAAGGAUACGCCGGUGCCUCCGUACUGUGAUGAUCUAACAUGCACCAACACCAAACCUACUUCAGCAAAUGAAGUUGUGGAAAUGUUGAAGAAGAGCACAUCGCAAAAAGAAUUAUUGAUCAGUGAUUGGCCAAAUCUUUAUGCAAGGCAAGGAAGAAAAGAAGAGGAUAAUUUGGAAUUUUGGAAAUACGAAUGGAAACAACAUGGAAUGUGUUCGGAUUACCCCAACAAGCCUUCUGACUAUUUCAGUGUUCCCUUGAAACUACUAAAACGAUUCGAGAAUUUAAAACAAGUCGCCGGGCAAUCUCGUAGAGGAAGGACCUCCGUAGCACGGUGGGCCUCUAGGGCGCGUUCCGCCGCCAGGUGGGUUUGCCUUUCUUUCGGAAAAUCAUCAGAUGCAUUAUAUACCCGGAGUUCGUGGAAGCAAGAUCAGGAUUCAAAGUCCUGGCAAGUUAAAGGUUUGCCUCCCUUGCACCUUUCUGCUGCAUCAACCCCUCUAUUAAGUGGGGAUUUAGGUGGUUUGGCUCUUACAGUACCCUUGUUUCCUAGGCGUAGGAGCUCUUCUUUGGUGCCUCGAGCAUCAAAGGAUGUGCCAUACAGUUUCCGCUAUCCCCCUAUGACUAAGAAGCCUAAAUGGUGGUGGAGGAGUUUAGCAUGUCUCCCUUAUUUAAUGCCUCUCCAUGAAACAUGGAUGUAUGCAGAGACAGCAUAUCAUUUACACCCAUUCUUGGAAGACUUUGAGUUUUUGACGUACCCAUUCCUUGGUGCAAUUGGGAGGUUGCCAAGCUGGUUCUUGAUGGCAUAUUUCUUUGUUGCAUAUCUUGGAGUUGUAAGGAGAAAGGAGUGGCCUCACUUUUUCAGAUUUCAUGUGGUGAUGGGAAUGCUAUUGGAAAUUGCCUUACAGGUGAUUGGGACUGUGAGCCGCUGGAUGCCACUUGCAAUAUACUGGGGUAAGAUUGGUAUGCACUUUUGGACAGCUGUGGCAUUCGCCUACUUAUUUACUGUUUUGGAGUGCAUUCGGUGUGCUCUUGCUGGUAUGUAUGCUGACAUUCCUUUUGCCUGUGAUGCUGCAUACAUCCAAAUUCCAUAUGACUAAGGGUGGAAUGUAGUGAAAAUGUUUUGGAUUCAAAUUUUUGUUGGUUCUUUUGUAUGGAAGACUUGUUGUGGAAGAACAAGGUUCUGAGGAUUGGUUAAACUUUUUAUAACAUGAUUCUUGAGUCGCAUGUUA